AUGGGCCCGCCUAAGAACUUCGGAUUCAGACACCUGCGUCACUCUACCUGGUUCACGUGGCCCGGGUACCAGUCUCCCCCAAGCCUUCUCCCCUCCAACCUCAUUCCACUUCACUCCACUCCGCACCACCACACCACACCACCUUACCCCACCCAUCGUCAGGAUGACGAGGCUGGCCUGGUCCUCACUUUUGAGGCCAGAUUUUCCCAUCUGAAUGCCACCAUUCCCAGUGGACAAUUCGAUCUUUCAAUCUCUUUCGUCCUGUCAUACCAUCUGCCCGUGAGAUGGCCCUCCUAG